AUGGCACAAUAUGAACCCGAGGAACUUGGAUUUCUGGACGAGACAUCAAAAGAUGAGAGGACUUUGGGAAGAAUCAAUGGGAGGUCAUUGAAAGGCACUCGCGCUGUGAAAAAACAGGUUUUCGUUCGUGGGCAUCGCUUAUCUGGACUUGGGCUGCUCACUAUCAAUGGCAUGGUGGCUGUCUCUGUUGUCGAGGGUUCAUUCACUGCAGCAACAUUCAAAACAUUCAUUGAAGGGGAUGUUGUAAGUGUUUUUUUAUCAUUCCCAGUAGAACAUCUCUUAUAUUCUACUAGCUGCCAUUAUGCACCCCGUACCCAGGUAAAUUGA